UUGUUUGGGAUGUGGGUUUAGCAAUAUUUUUCAAGAUAUAUGUUUAGCAUGCAGUUAACGUACCGGACCAAAUCUAGAGACUGUGGUUUGUUGUACCGCAUUCGAAAAUGUUGUGCGGGGCAGUUAGUGCACUUAUGUAGUUCCAGCAAUGUGGCUUAGUCAUCUCGUGUUAUAUUCUCAAGCAGGAGAUCUUGACUGAGUUGUACAAUAAACAUGCUGCAGUUUUGGGCUUACACCAUGGUCUUCUUGCUGGCUCUGCAAUGCUGCAGCAGUGAGCAAGCCUGCUUUAAGGAUGGCUCUUGUGAUGAAACCACAUCUUCAGUCUAUGACAGGUACCUGCUGUACGACGUCAACCCCGGCGAGGGCUUCAACCUGCGCCGGGACGUCUACAUGCGCGUGGCGAGCGCGGUCGCGCGGCUCAGCGGUCGCGGCCGCUGGACUCUGGUCUUGCCACCGUGGGGCCCGUUGUACCACUGGCAGGUGACGCGCGGUCAACACAGCGUGGGCGUGCCUUGGAGCCGCUUCUUCGACCUGGAUAGCCUGGACAAAUACGUGCCCGUCAUGGAGUUCGACCAAUAUAGGAAAGAGAGCGGCGCGCGGGUGGAGAGCGCUCUCCAGCUGCAGGACUACGCCGAGGGCUGGCGCGACGGCCAGUUCGACGAGAAGUGGGACCGCAGACCGUGCCUGCACAAGGCAAGAUUUAGGCGGUCAGGGGAAGACCACGAGGCCCUCAUGUGGGGUGAAGUGACCCUUCGCGUAGCCAACUUCAGCUGCGUGUCAAUACAGGGCACCUCGGAGACUCUGGCGGACAUGGUGGGCAGCAUGCCACACAGGUCCGUGCUGGUGGACCGGGCCGAGGCCGUGCUGCACCGCCACUACGGCUGCGCCGACUUCUGGGCGGUGCGGCGCAGCAUGCGCUUCGCGCGCCACCUGGUGGAGGAGGCGGCCGCGCUGCGGCGCGACCUCCUCCGGUCGGAUGACGUCACCGACCGCACAGAGUACUCUGACGACUGGAGGCAGAUGAAGGCGGUGCCCGGUAGCGCUCGCGGCGGUCCCUACCUGGCCGUCCAUCUGCGGCGGCGCGACUUCGUCUCGGGCUCGAUCGACAGUCGGUGUGCGGAGGUGGCUGGCCAGGUGCGCCAGCUGAAGGAGUUGCUGAAGCCGUUCACGGUGGUGCGGCCGGCGCCGCGGAAGGACCUGCUGGCAGGCGAAGAGGCCAUCGUCGACCAGAUCGUCUGUAGCCACGCCAGGCACUUCAUCGGCAGCUACGAGUCGACCUUCUCGUUCCGGAUCCAGGAGGAGCGCGAGAUCCUGGGCUUCGACGCCGAGUCCACGUUUAACCGGCUGUGUGGAGAGGCCGAGGGAGACGCCUGCGACCAGCCCACGCGCUGGCGCAUUGAGUACGACGCGUGACGGUCCCUGUGACCUGGUCUGAGCCAAGGGGUCGUGGACAGACUCGUCGACAGGCCGCGGCUGGCCCGGCACGGGGUGGCACGGCCUCUGCUGAUUGGGGCGUUGCGCAUGGGUAAUCGAACCGCCAUCGGGCUCUCACCGCAGCACGUCAUGUACCGCCGGCGGUUGGGCCGCACGGCCUGCCCUCACGUGACCUGACCUGACACGGUGGGACAAAACGGGUCGCUCGCCUGCUCCGAGCUUCGGUGGCGACUCCGGCCAGCCCAGACGCCACUAUCUGUGCUGCCCGCUUUCGUCCCGUGGCCGCUCUGCCGUAUCCGGCCCUCGGUGGAUCCCAGCCCCCGCUGACCGCCGUCGGUACCUCUCGCCUGGCUUAAGGCCAGACUGCCGCGUCUCGCGUGUUACAUGCGGACGCUUGCGCGACCGCUGAGGUCGCGCGGACGGCCCGUUUUAGCCGUCAGCCGCCAGUCGGAAGCGCGGCGGCGGCGGAGCUCGACCGAGCAGCGUGGUGUUGAGUUACUAACCGACGCUCAGUUAUAACGCGCGGCAAAUGGCUUCCUACCGCGAACGCAGCGCGCCGCCCCGACGUCUCGGAAGCCGGCGCCGGCGCGUGGUUCGAGCUAAGCGCCUGAUGGGCUGAAAUGUCCGAAGUCGACCAGGAUCUCGCGGCGCCCUGGCCGAUCAGUCACUGUGAGGCAAUGUAGUCUGACGCGCAGAGGAGCGCUGGCGCUUGUAGUGAUAUUAGUGACAUCGCGGUUUGCGGCAGGGUGCGGGGACAGGCCAGUGUAUUGUAAUGUAUUUGAUGUGCCAAAGCAAGCUUGAACCGCUUCCUUGCGCUCCGCAUCAAGCUGUAAUA